AUGGCAGGCAUCACCACCCUCCCGGAACCCAUCACAAUGUCGAAAGAGAUCGCCGUCCACACGGAGGGCAUUCAUGUCGAGAAGGUCUCGGAGCAUGAACAACUGGUCGCACGACUGAACAACCUCGACCCUCCCGUAACGCCGGAAGAGGUCAAACGGGUCAGGAGGAAGAUCGACCUCCGUCUCCCACCGUUCCUCAUGAUCCUGUAUAUCUUCACGUGGCUUGACCGUGGAGCCUUGGGCAACGCGGCUCUGAUGAACAUCAAAACCGACCUUAACCUCUCCGGAGCCCAAUACAGCCUCGCCGUCAGCAUGUUCUUCGUCGGCACCUGCGUGGCCGACGUGUUCACCAAUGUCGGAAUGCGGUACAUCCGGCCAAGUCUCUAUCUCUCGGGAGCCAUGAUCAUCUGGGGUAUCAUGGCUACACUCCAGGCAGUCGCGGGUGGAGCCUCGGGUUUGUAUGCCAUCAGAUUCUUUCUGGGCAUCUUUGAGGCUGCCUUCAUUUCGGGUGCUCCGUACUUAACAACGAUAAUGUAUCCUCGAGCAGAAUGGGGCAAGCGCAUUUGCAUCUACCUGUCCGCCACCCCCAUCGCCGGCGCCUUCGGCGGCUGGAUCGCCUGGGGAGUGGCGCACAUCACCAGCUCCCGGAUUGAAAACUGGCAGGUCCUCUUCAUCCUGGAAGGACUGCUCACCGUGGCCUUCGGCAUCCUCUGCCUCUGGGUGCUGCCAGACCGACCACACAACACUCGCUGGCUCAGCCCACGUGAACGCGACGUGGCGGACUGGCGCAUGAUGCAGGACGGCAACCGCACGCACGGCACGGUGCACUGGGCCGUGGUGGGGCGGCAGCUGCGCGACUGGCGUCUGUGGGCCAACAUCGCCAUCUACAUGUGCCAGGUGAUCUCGACGUACACGAUCGCGACGUUCACGCCCAUCAUCGUCAACACCAUGGGGUUCGACAAGGUCAAGGCCCAGCUGAUGGUGGCGCCGCCGUACUGCGUGGCCUUCGUCAUGGUCUUCGUCGUGGGCUACCUGUCGGACCGGUUCCGCUCGUGCUCGGGUAUUUUGGUGGUCAACUCCAUCGUCGCUGCCGCCGGCGACCUGAUGCUCGUGCUGCUGCCGGCCCGGUACAACCACGCCCGCUACGGCGCCACCUUCCUGACCCUGACGGGCAUCCUGUCCGGCGUGACGCUGUCAGUCGGCAACAUCACGGGCAACUGCUGCGGCGACAUCAAGAAGGCCAUCGCCGCGGGCUUGUUCCAGGCGUUUGGGUCGACCAUGGGCGUCGCCACGGGAUACCUGUUCCCGCAGAAGGACGGGCCCGAGUACAAGACCGGCUUCUGGGUCCUGUUCGCGUGCACCUGCGUCACGGGCGUGGGCUCGGCCGUCGUGACGGUCCUCAACGUCCGCGAGAACCGGAGAAGGGACGCUCUCACCGGCCCGCCGCCGACGGAUCGCGUCAUCGACUUUGACGAGGACGGCUUGAUGGAGAAGCAUCCCCAUUGGAGGUAUUACCGGUGA